AUGCCCGUCACCGAACUUACCAGCCUGGAGGAUUACCAGAAUACUCUGGGCCAGCCGGGAACCGUUGUUGUCGAUUUCUACUCUACUCAAUGCCCCCCAUGCAAGGUCAUUGCCCCUUUCUAUGAAGAGAUUGCCAACAAGCCUUCAAACAACCAAGUCAGAUUUUACAAGAUCAACGGACUCGAGGAACCUGGAACAACCAUUCAAAAAGCCGCGGAGGUGGUGUGGUGGCCUACGUUAGUGAUCUACGAGGAUGGCAAGGAGACCUGGAGGGCAAAGGUCCCCAAUCCCCCAUCUAUCCAGCCGAUUAGGGACCUAGAGAAGAUUCUGGAUGACAGGAGCAAGUCUCCGUGA